CCCGUCGGGCCUCGCGGCGGCGGCGGGAAGAUGGCGGCGGCGGGAGCCCUGGAACGGAGCUUCUUGGAGCUGAGUGGCGCUGAGCGCGAAAGGUCCCGGCACUUUCGCGAAAUCACAGUGUGCGGCAUUGGAACCGCAAAUGCUGUGGCUGGUGCCUUGAAAUACAGUGAGAGCGCAGGAGGGUUCUACUAUGUGGAAAGCGGCAAGUUGUUCUCUGUCACCAGAAACAGGUUCAUUCAUUGGAAGACUUCUGGGGAUUCAUUGGAGAUAGUUGAAGAGUCACUGGACAUAAAUCUGCUGAAUAAUGCAGUUCGCCUAAAAUUCCAAAACUGUAGCAUCUUACCCGGAGGGGUUCAUGUCUCUGAAACUCAGAAUCAUGUUAUACUCUUGAUAUUAACCAAUCAAACAGUGCACAGGUUAAUUUUACCUCACCCUUCGCGGAUGUACAGGAGUGAGCUUGUAAUUGAAAGUCAGAUGCAGUCAAUAUUCACUGACAUUGGAAAGGUUGAUUUUAGGGACCCUUGCAACAAUCAGUUAAUUCCAGCAGUACCUGGACUACCCCCUAAUUCCACCAGCUCUGCAGCCUGGCUUAGCAGUGAUGGGGAGGCCCUGUUUGCACUACCAUCUGCUGCUGGUGGCAUCUUCGUUCUAAAACUACCUCCGUAUGACAUACCUGGAGGUGCCUUGGAUAUCAUUGCAGGGUCAGUAUCAGUUGUGGAACUGAAGCAGAGUUCUGUGAUGCAGCGAUUACUCAUAGGCUGGAUGCCAACAGCUAUCAGGGGGGAUCAGGGGCCUUCAGAUCGUGCCCUCAGUCUUGCUGUUCAUUGUGUUGAGCACAAUGCCUUCAUCUUUGCCCUGUGUCAGGAUCAUAAACUACGAAUGUGGUCUUACAAGGACCAAAUGUGCCUGAUGGCAGCUGACAUGCUGGAGUAUGUCCCUGUGAAUAAAGACCUCCGGCUCACUGCAGGGACAGGACACAAACUGCGACUUGCUUUUUCCCCAUCCAUGGGACUCUACUUAGGAAUAUAUAUGCAUGCUCUAAAGCGAGGGCAGUUCUGCAUUUUCCAGCUGGUGAGCACUGAGAACAACCGGUAUAGUUUAGAUCACAUUUCUUCGCUCUUCACUUCUCAGGAGACACUGAUUGACUUUGCCAUAACCUCCACCGAUAUCUGGGCAUUGUGGCAUGAUGCUGAGAACCAAACAAUUGUGAAGUACAUCAACUUUGAACAUAAUGUUGCUGGUCAAUGGAAUCCGGUUUUCAUGCAACCGCUACCAGAGGAAGAGAUCAUCAUCAGAGAUGAUCAAGACCCCAGAGAAGUGUAUUUGCGGAGUCUUUUCACACCAGGACAGUUCAUAAAUGCGGCCUUAUGUAAAGCUCUACAGAUAUUCUGUCGAGGAACUGAGAGGAAUUUGGAUCUUUCAUGGAGUGAGCUAAAGAAAGAAAUUACUUUAGCUGUUGAAAAUGAGCUCCAAGGAAGUGUAACAGAGUAUGAAUUCUCUCAGGAUGAGUUUCGAACUUUACAGCAGGAAUUUUGGUGCAAAUUCUAUGCCUGCUGUCUUCAGUAUCAAGAAGCCCUUUCCCAACCUCUAGCUCUGCAUUUGAAUCCUCACACAAACAUGGUGUGCCUCCUGAAAAAAGGGUACCUGUCUUUCCUGGUGCCUUCCUCCUUAGUGGAUCAUUUAUAUCUCCUGCCGGACGAGAACCUUCUGACAGAGGAUGAGACAACCAUAUCUGAUGAUGUAGAUGUUGCUCGAGAUGUCAUAUGUCUUAUAAAAUGCCUCCGGCUGAUUGGAGAGUCCGUAACUAUGGAUAUGGCGGUUCUGAUGGAAACCAGUUGUUACAACCUACAGUCUCCAGAAAAGGCUGCUGAGCAAAUUCUAGAAGAUUUGAUCACUAUUGAUGUAGAAAAUGUGAUGGAAGACAUUUGUAGCAAGCUACAAGAGAUUAGGAACCCAGUUCAUGCCAUUGGACUUCUUAUACGGGAAAUGGAUUAUGAAACAGAAGUGGAAAUGGAAAAGGGAUUCAAUCCAGCUCAACCUUUGAAUGUUCGAAUGAAUCUUUCCCAGCUCUAUGGUAGUAGCACAGCGGGGUAUAUUGUGUGCAGAGGCGUAUAUAAAAUUGCCAGUACUCGCUUCUUGAUCUGCCGAGACCUCUUGAUUUUACAGCAGCUAUUAAUGAGGCUAGGAGAUGCAAUGAUUUUGGGAGCUGGUCAGCUCUUCCAAGCUCAGCAAGACUUACUUCAUCGAACAGCUCCCCUACUUUUAUCUUACUACCUCAUUAAGUGGGGAAGUCAGUGCUUGGCUACUGAUGUUCCAGUUGACACACUGGAAUCUAACCUGCAACAUUUGUCAGUAUUGGAACUAACAGACUCUGGUGCCUUAAUGGCAAAUAAGUUAGUAUCAAGCCCUCAAACAAUUAUGGAGUUGUUCUUCCAAGAAGUUGCAAGAAAACAAAUUAUAUCUCAUCUGUUCUCUCAACCAAAAGCACCUCUGAGCCAAACUGGAUUGAAUUGGCCUGAAAUGAUUUCUGCAAUUAUCAGUUAUUUAUUACAGCUUUUGUGGCCUAGCAAUCCUGGUUGUCUCUUUCUAGAAUGUUUGAUGGGAAAUUGCCAGUAUGUACAAUUGCAGGACUAUAUUCAGUUGCUUCAUCCUUGGUGUCAAGUCAACGUUGGUUCCUGUCGAUUUAUGCUGGGACGUUGUUACCUGGUUACAGGAGAAGUACAGAAGGCUCUAGAAUGUUUUUGUCAGGCAGCUUCUGAAGUGGGAAAAGAGGAAUUUUUAGAUCGCUUGAUCCGAUCGGAGGAUGGGGAGAUUGUGUCCACCCCUAGGCUACAGUAUUAUGAUAAGGUUUUACGACUGCUGGAUGUUGUUGGGUUGCCUGAACUGGUUAUUCAGUUGGCAUCAUCAGCAAUAACUGAAGCAGGUGAUGACUGGAAAAGUCAGGCUACUUUAAGGACAUGUAUUUUCAAACAUCAUUUGGACUUGGGUCACAAUAGCCAAGCAUAUGAGGCCUUAACCCAAAUCCCUGAUUCCAGCAGGCAGUUAGAUUGUUUACGGCAGCUGGUGGUAGUUCUUUGUGAGCGCUCACAGCUACAAGACCUUGUAGAGUUUCCCUACGUGGAUCUGCAUAAUGAGGUUGUAGGAAUCAUUGAAUCACGUGCUAGAGCAGUGGACCUUAUGACUCACAAUUACUACGAACUUCUCUAUGCCUUUCACAUCUACCGUCACAACUACCGCAAGGCUGGCACAGUGAUGUUUGAAUAUGGAAUGCGUCUUGGCAGAGAGGUUCGAACUCUCCGAGGACUUGAGAAGCAAGGCAACUGCUAUCUGGCUGCUAUUAAUUGUUUACGACUUAUUCGUCCAGAAUAUGCAUGGAUUGUCCAGCCAGCCUCUGGUGCAGUGUAUGAUCGCCCUGGAGCGUCCCCUAAGAGGAAUCAUGAUGGAGAAUGUACAGAUGCCCCAAACAAUCAGCAGAUUGAAAUUCUAGAACUGAAAGACCUGGAAAAAGAAUGUUCUUUGGCUCGCAUUCGCCUCACGUUGGCUCAACAUGAUCCAUCAGCAGUUGCCAUUGCAGGAAGUUCAUCAGCAAAGGAGAUGGUCACUCUCUUGGUUCAAGCUGGCCUCUUUGACACUGCCAUAUCACUCUGUCAUACUUUCAAGCUUCCCUUAACACCAGUCUUUGAGGGGCUUGCUUUCAAGUGCAUCAAGUUACAGUUUGGAGGAGAAGUAGCACAAGCAGAAGCCUGGGCCUGGCUAGCAGCCAAUCAGCUUUCCUCUGUCAUCACUACUAAGGAGUCUAGUGCUACAGAUGAAGCAUGGCGAUUAUUGUCAACUUACCUAGAAAGAUAUAAAGCCCAGAAUAACUUGUAUCACCAGUGUGUGAUUAACAAGUUGUUGUCUCAUGGAGUUCCUCUGCCUAAUUGGCUUAUAAACAGUUACAAGAAAGUUGAUGCUGCUGAGCUGCUCCGUCUGUACUUGAACUAUGACCUUUUAGAAGAAGCUGUGGAUUUGGUCUCAGAAUAUGUGGAUGCUGUAUUAGGAAAAGGACAUCAGUACUUUGGAAUUGAGUUCCCACUAUCUGCAACAGCCCCAUUGGUAUGGCUUCCAUAUUCCUCUAUUGAUCAUCUUCUCCAGGCUCUGGGAGAAAACAGUGCCAACAGUCACAACAUUGCACUGUCCCAGAAAAUUCUUGACAAAUUAGAAGACUACCAGCAAAAAGUUGAUAAGGCAACUCGGGAUUUAUUAUACCGUCGGAACCUGUGAUCUGGAUAGUUACAUACCCUUUGUAACCGCUUGGUGCCUCAUGGAGCUCAAGAAUACACUGCAGAGACUCUGUACUCAAGGCCAAUUUUUAUAACUGUAAAUGAUACACGACCUUCAAGUCUGCACUCUGCACAAGAUAGAACAGACACGUCAGAGGACCCUGUGCUUGCUGGUGGUGCUAACAGAAUUUCUGGUUUUCAACCUUGGUCUCAAACAGCAGCUUUUGUAUAUGACUCAUAGGCUUUUUUUAAGAGUUUAUAUUUUUUUAAACUAUUGAAGACAUUCUUUAUCUGCAAUUAAAGCCCAUCUUCACUUUCCAAAAUAGCUAGUGGUUGUUGGUUUGUUGUAAGCUAACCACAAAAGCAGUCACUACAGAUCUUUUAAUUCUUCCUUGUCAUUUUUUAUAUCUCAGUGGAAUUACUUUGGUCCAGAACUGACAUGUAUUUUCUGUAUUGCAAACAGAGGCUAAUGAUUUUGCAUAUUCUUUUCAUUAUUUAUUGUGGAGUUUUUAUAUGAUCUUCAAUAAAGAAAUAAUUUACCUAGA